GAGAUAACAACAAAAUUCCCAGUAGCUGGCUACGCAACAUUUCCAAAAUAAAACUAUAAAUACCACACAAUAAUCUCAUUUUUUGUUAGUAGCUAACACGCAAAAUGAAGAAAAACCUCUUGUGCUUCGUGUUUUUUUGCUGCGCAGUUCAGGUGUUCUCCAAAGAGUUACCCGAUGAAUUAAUUGACGAGAAAAUCCACGAAUGCCUAAAGGAGCUAAAUCUCGAUAAGAAGAUAUUAUCCACAGUGUUUGAUGAUAAAUUUCAAAUCAAAAAUCUGAGCGAAGACGGAGUCAAACUGACCAAAUGCGGAAUCAAAAAGGGCAACUAUUAUACGCCAGAUGGGGAGUUUAAUCGCGAGGUGAUGGUCGAAGCUACAGUGAAAACUAUCAAGUCUCUAGUUAAACAUGAAGUGCACGACGUGGAGACGGUAGCCGACAGUGUCUUUGAGAAAUGUAAAACGCGCAAGGGCGAGGAUGCCGUGGCGGAGACGACGAAUUUGAAUAACUGCGUUAUGAAUGAAAUCUUCAAACUGUAGGGUUUUUCCUUGUAUAUAAUAAACGUUGCAGGUUUUCAAUCCUAUCAUUCAAAA